AGAUUGUUUUCGUCAUGACUAGUGAAGUAAAAAAAUAUACUUGAGAAAUAUUGUACUGAGCUCAUCUUACUAUUUGUGAUUCAUCUGUUCUUGCUUCGAUGGCAGAACUACGUGCGAAGUAAUCGAGUAGUUAAUGUGAUGUUUUGUGAAGGCAAUAACGAGAAUGCCAAUACAGGCACCACAGUGGACUGAAUUUCUUUCUUGUCCAGUUUGCUGUCAUGACUUUGAUGUGGCCAUACGUGGUCCAAUAUCUUUAGGAUGUGGUCAUACAAUAUGUCGUACGUGCCUUGCAAAUUUACAUCGUAAACAAUGUCCUUUUGAUCAGAGUAUUAUUAAUACAGAAAUAGAAAGAUUACCAGUAAAUGAAGCCUUAUUACAAUUAGUGGGAAAUUCUGUUCCCACAAAUAUUACAACAGCUUAUCAAAAAUUACUACCACCUGAAGAUCAUGCUAAUUAUUUGGUUGCUAAACAUUGUAUUGAGGAACUUGCUUUAUAUCUCAAACCAUGUCAGACAAAUCCUUCUUUAACGACAGGUGCAGGACUUGUAUCUCGCCCUAUGCAAAGGAAAUUAGUAACUUUGGUGGGUUGUCAAUUAGUGGAACCAGAAGGAAGAGCUCGUGCAGUAAGAGCAGCUAGAAGUUUAGGUGAAAGAUCUGUUACAGAAUUAAUAUUACAACAUCAAAAUCCACAACAACUUAAUGCUAAUCUAUGGGCUGCUGUACGUGCUCGUGGAUGUCAAUUUCUUGGACCAGCAAUGCAAGAAGAAGUAUUGAAACUUGUUUUAUUAGCAUUGGAAGAUGGAUCUGCUCUUUCUAGGAAAGUGUUAGUUAUGUUUGUAGUUCAACGUUUAGAAUCACAUUUUCCUCAAGCUUCUAAAACCAGUAUAGGACAUGUUGUACAAUUGUUAUAUAGAGCAAGUUGUUUCAAGGUAUCUAAACGAGAAGGAGAUUCAUCAUUGAUGCAAUUAAAAGAAGAAUUCAGAACAUAUGAAGCAUUAAGAAGAGAGCAUGAUGCUCAAAUAGUGCAAAUUGCAACUGAAGCUGGUUUAAGAAUAGCACCUGAUCAAUGGUCUGCAUUAUUAUAUGGAGAUACAAGUCAUAAAUCUCAUAUGCAAAGUAUUAUAGACAAACUUCAAACUCCACAAUCUUUUGCUCAAAGUGUACAAGAAUUAGUUAUUGCUCUUCAACGUACUCCUGAUCCUGGACAAUUAAGUAGUUUAAGACCACAAUUAGAAUUACUAGCUGCAAUAGAUCCUAGCCCAGAAACUGAACCUCCUACAUUAGCAGAAUGUCGUGCAGCAUUAGAAGCUGUUAGAACUGUAGUUGCAGCAUUAGUAGAGUUCAUUCAACAACAUGGUAAUCGAAAAACACAAGAUGGUACCCAUAAUAUAGGUCCUGGCCAACCAAAAUAUAAAGUGAGCAUGUGUAGAGAUCUCGCACUUAGAGGAUCUUGUCCUAGAUCUACUAAUUGUACAUUUGCUCAUAGUGAUAUGGAACUUGAUAAAUAUAGAUCAAAAAGUCGAAAAUUAAAUCUCAGAUCAAGUUUAUCUGGAAACAAUAAUUCAGAUAUAAAAACAGACAAAUCGGUCAAUGGAUCAAAUAAAACAUUCAAACAAAAUGAUGAUCUAUCUUAUCAUUCUAUAAAAUCACAUGAUAAUUCUCAUAGAGAAAAUUUUAAUUCUAUGAACAAAAUUAAUCCAAUACAACAUCAUAAUCCAACAAAUGAAAAUAAUUUUAUUGGAUCAUUGACAAAUUAUAUGUUACCAUCUCAAGGAAUGUUGCCUAUGGUAUCAACAAAAAAUAUGGAUGUACAUUGCUCUCAUUAUAUUAUGCCUAAUACACCUGUUGAUUACACAGCACCUAAUCUUAAUAUUUGGGAUUCAUCACAGAUUUCAUCUAAUAUGACAAAUGGAAUUUCUAAUACUAAAAAACAGCGAACAGUUGCCAAAACAUUAGCAAUGUUAUUGCAACGUAGGAUGGAAAUAUUAAAUCAACUUGAAACAAUUGUCAACAAACAAGUGCCACAAAUGAAACCGAAUUACGAUAUACAAGGAGAUACAUUAUCAUCGAAUUUCUCUAUAUGGACAAAUACACCAAAUAAUCCUAUGAUUCCUUCAACAAAUAUGAAUUGCAGUAAUAAUUUUCGAUGUGCAGAUCCUAUUCUAUUUGAUGAUGAAUUUGUGCCAUUUGAUGCAUCAUCUAAUAGUAAAUAUGGACCAAUUUCUAAACUAUCCAAAAAUUUAAUCAGAUCUACAAAUGGUGUACAAUCUGCUAAUUUUUAUACAGAUGGAGGAACAUCUCCUGCAAUAUCUACUUAUCGACCUAUGCCUACAAGCUCUAUUACAUCUUGGUAUUAUGGUAAUCAACCUUAUGCUACUAUUGAUACAAAUGGAGGAAUACAAUCGAUUAAUAAUAGUGGCUUUGGAGAUAGUUAUAUCACAUUCGGUCGCAAUGUAUCCGAUUCGUCAACGCAUACGCAACUUUCACGACCGGAUUGCAUGUCUAAAGAUUUAAUUCUUGAAUCGCAAAAGGUAAAACAACAAUUAAAACAUCUUGAGAAAAAAAUCAAUGACUUAAAGCUUGCUACACAAGGAGCAACCUUUACGGCAGGAGAAAGAUUAGCACAAGAAUUACAAAUGAUUGAAGCUGGUAUUAGAGAAAAAGAAAAAGAUGUACGAAAUUGGAGCCCAUAUGGUACUACUAUACCUUGGAUUCAAUCAACAAAUAAUUUGUUAGGUUCUCAAAGUUUUAAUCAAGAUUAUAAGCCUGAAGAAGAAGAUACAUAUGAGGCAGGUAUUGCAAAUGACAUGCGGGAAUUAGAAUUACGAUGGGAAUUUGAAUUGCAAGAACAGGAAAAACAUUGGUCAAGUGAAGAGGACAACUCUAAAAAAUAAUAGUAAGAUAGUAAGUCUUACUAUAUUAAUUACUUUUUAGAUCUGACCAUUAUAUGUUGGAACAUGUUUUUUUAACAUGUGAAAAUAAUUUUUUUUCUGUUUCUUCCUCUUUUGUUUUUGCGAACUUCCAUGCAUCAGCAUGUUUACAUUUUUUCAACAAAAUGACUGAAAAUAAGUGUACUUUUUACUCUUUGCAUAAAAACAUUAUUGCUAUUGUAAACAAAAUCAAAAGAAAAUCACAAACAUUUUAAACAUUAUCGAAUAGGUAGAAAAAUUUAUCAUCUCUACUUUAAUUAAAGUGAAAAUUUUUCCAUCAAUAUAGUGUAAUGUAAAGUGGAUUUCCUAUAUACUAUGCUUUUAAUAAGUCUUGAUAAUAUUAAUCCUUUAAUUAUAUGAGAAUUAUAUGAGAAUUUUUUUUUUUUUUUUUUUUUUUUUAUAAUAAUAAAAACUAGCUGUAAAUAUGUAAAAUUUCAAAGAAAAAUUUGUUAAAGGCAUCAAAUAUUCAUGAUAAUAAUUGUCAUUUAGUUAUGCAGGAAGUCGCAUUAUUUUAAUUUUGAUAGCUACAGUAGAAAUCUAUUAUAAAGAAAAAUCAGUGUAAGAAGUGAGAGUUAGCUGCCGCAUUGAAAUUACAUUUAUAGAACCGGUGAAAAGUCGAUGUUCCAUUAUGGAUUAUAUCAUAGUGGGAACAUUCAUUGACAAAAUAAAUUAAAAAAAAUGAGAGCAGAUUUGUUAAAAUUUAACAGAAAUUAAUGUCAGUGUUUUAUAAACAUGACAAGGUGUAGUAUAUUUUGGGUUAAUUUAUUGAUGUGUAAUGCUUUUGAUUAAUUUGAUAAUUUGUAAAUAUAUUAUAGAGGAAGAUAUUUUAAACAACUUUUUUCUAUAUAAAUAUAUAAUUGUUUGGUUUAGUUUUCAAGAUAUUUGCAAAAAAUAAUAUUACUACAAUAAAUUGAAUUUUGCCUAUACAUCAUAACAUAUUUAAAUAUGAUUGGCACUUAUACAUUAUUAUAACUUAUACUUAAAAUGUGCUUCACUUGGUAUCUAUCAUUGUCAUUUUGGUCAUUAGAAUUAUAUUUGUUCAAGAAUUUUUGCAUUCCGUAAAUCCUUUGAAUUCCAAAUUCUUAAUGGAUAAAUAUUAAAUGUAGUAAUUUUUGUGAAAUGUCAUUUAUAUAAUAUAAUAAAAUUAUUUAUUUAUUAAAAUUAUUUAUAUUUUAUCAUUUUUUGUAAAUAUUUUGAAAAUUUAAAUUGAAGAAUGAUUAUAUGUGUAGGAAAAGUUCAAAAAACUUGAAAAUCUUGUUUUCUAUGAUAUAUUUAAAAAUUAUCAAAACUCAUAAGCGUUAUACAUUGAUAAGUUUACCUAUAUUUUGUUUAUAUGUUUGCACAAUGAAGCAAAGGAUAUUAUAUUACUGAUACAUUCGGAAAGAAUGCUAUUUAACCUGCAACGAGGUUAUACGAUAAAUAUACGAAUACAUAUAGGUGUUAUGCAUACAUGAAAUUAACAUAUUCUGUUAAAAUUUUGCAUAAUUAAAAUAUAUAUUGCUUUUAAUAUAAAUAAAUAAGUAAAUAUAUAUAAUAAUAAAUAAAUGUGUGUAUGUAUGUAUGAUGCACACAUACGCGCGCGCGCGCGCGCGCACACACACACACACACACACACACACAAAUUUUUAGCCGAUAUAACAAAAUUUUAUAAAAUACUUAAUUUUCUUAUUGUACUUCGUUUCAUGAUUCAUGUUUUCAUAUUUGAAAAUAUGUUUCCAAAUAAAACACGGUAAUUUGUAUAUCGUAA